UAACAUUGCGCCUCGAGCAAAUCUCCAACCACACGUCACAUACCUCGACCAUGAUCCGAAAACAAGCCCGAGAACGUCGCGACUACCUGUACCGCCGCGCUCUGACUCUCCGCGAUGCUGAGCUCGCUUCGAAAAGAGCAGCACUGAAAGCUUCCCUCGCCAGCGGCAAGCCUUUGUCCAAAGAUGUCGCCGAGGACCAGACCCUGCGCCAGGACUACAAAUACGAUGAGAGCAGGGCGGAUAGGACAGCAGAGGAAGAGCUCGGGCUAGACGAUGAGUAUGCGCAGCUGUCGGGCGUCGUAGAUCCGCGGAUAUUGGUCACAACUUCGAGAGACCCGUCAAGUAGACUGGGCACCUUCGCCAAGGAGAUCAGAUUACUGUUACCCACAGCCAUACGAUUGAACCGUGGAAACAUGAUCCUGCCAAACUUGGUCGAGAGCGCAAAAUCGGGCGGACUGAGCGACAUAGUCUUGCUUCACGAGCACCGAGGAACGCCCACGGCAUUAACAGUUUCGCAUUUCCCUCACGGCCCAACCGCCAGCUUCUCACUACACAACGUCGUUCUCCGCGCCGAUAUCCCCAACGCCUCCCGCGGCACAGUCUCCGAAUCCUACCCCCACUUAAUCUUCGAAGGCUUCUCCACCAAGCUAGGACAGCGCUGCGUACAGAUUCUAAAACAUCUCUUCCCGCCCCGCGAAGCCACGGCAAAGGUCGGUAACCGCGUUGUCACGUUCAAGAACAUCGAGGAUACGAUCGAGGUGCGACAUCACGUCUUUGUCAAGACAGGUUUCCAGUCGGUUGAGCUGGCCGAAGUGGGACCGCGGAUGAGCAUGCGAUUGUUCGAGAUUAGGGCAGGGACGCUGGAUAAUAAGGAGGGGGAUGUGGAAUGGCAUCUUAACCAGUACACGAGGACGGGACGGAAGAAGGAGUACUUGUAAAGUUGAUGCGAGUAUGCUCGAUUGCGAAAAGAACAGGUCGAUUUUGGAGAAGAGCACAGCAGGAAGACCAUCAUGGCGCAAAGGAGAACUUUUUUUUUUUCAGUUUGAGAUACCACGAAUCAUAAGCGAUAUCCUGAACUCUGGCGUGCGAGCGACUUGGUAUCCCGUAGUGAGGCUACAUAGCACGAGUGCGCUCCUCGUGCACAAACCCGUCGUCGUGGCACCGCAGUGGAGUUACAAGUAAUUAUGUAACAUGGCCCUGGUGAAGAACUGGUGAAGCAAGAUAAUCAGCAACUUUUUGUCCCGCAGGUGAAGUGGUAUCUAGCAGACACUAAGAGAACACUAUCAAUAU